AUGGUUCGAGUUAAUACUUUAUUAUUGGUUUAUGCGGGAUUUCUAUAUCAUAUAAAGAUUGUGUCUUCAAUUGUCUUAGAUCUAAAUGACAUCGUCAAUUCAGGUCUCAAGAUACAUGAAGAUUCCCAAGAUGGAAUAGUUACCACAAAAAUAUACUCUACACCAGAAAAAAAGAUAACUAAAAUACUUAAUGGUAAAGCAUUAGUUUGGAUGGCAUUACCAGGUGAAUAUGUUAAAUGUAUUAAUAUCUUUAUGUUUAAACGUUGUAAGAAAGUACUUUGUACCAUCGAAAUUGAAAAUCCAAGAAAAACCGAUAUCUUUUAUCUACAUAAAUAUUAUUCACAUUAUAAUUAUAUCAGUAAAGAAGAGUACUACGAAAAUUUUGAAAGAUUUUCCUACAAGCAACCUAAGCCUAAAAAAAAACUAGGUAGACCUAGAAAACAGAAACCUGAACCUGAAACAGAUCACUCUGAAGUACAUAAACAAGAGAAGGUUGCUAAACCUAAACGUAAAAGGGGUAGACCUAGAAAACAAAAAUCUGAUCGUGAAGAACCUAAACGUAAACGAGGUAGACCAAGAAAACAUAAAGCAGAAGAACGUGAGACAGAUGAAGAAGACCACGAAAGUGAAAUUUCAGAUAUUGAACUGUUAUUUUCAUCAGAUGAGGAACCAAUUGAACUAUUAGACACUGAAUUGACGGAUAGUGCAGAUGAACAUUUAGAACCUGAGGAACCAAUUGAACUAUUAUACACUGAAUUGACGGAUAGUGCAGAUGAACAUUUAGAACCUGAGGAACCAAUUGAACUAUUAGACACUGAAUUGACGGAUAGUGCAGAUGAACAUUUAGAACCUGAGGAACCAAUUGAACUAUUAGACACUGAAUUGACGGAUAGUGCAGAUGAACAUUUAGAACCUGAGGAACCAAUUGAACCAUUAGACACUGAAUUGACGGAUAGUGCAGAUGAACGAGAAUUACAACCAGAAACUAUUCCAGUUGAAGUUGAGUCAGAUGAUGAACAUGAGGAUAUUGAUCUGGAACAAGAGUUAUUAAAUGAACCACUAUUUGGAGAAGAUGUUGAGAAAUUGUUAGAACGUGAACUUGACAGAACUGGUCUAUCAACAAAUGAACUUGAUUCAGUAUUUGAAGAGAAAUCUAAAGAAGAUGAUAAUUAG